UCGCGCCCGCGCGCUUAUAUUACGUGUGUAGGCUGUGUGUGUCUACUGCUGCUGCUGGCUCUGCCUUUGCCGAGGAGCGAGUCCCGCUGUCUGUCUGUCCGAAAGUACAAGUAAUAAUCCGCGAAAAGUCCGUACAGCCAGCUGCGAGUCCGUCUGCUUGCAAGCACGGGGGAGGAUCCAGCAGCUUCUGUGUGUUUAUCCCCCGCAACAGCCGAAAAAAACCGAGCGAGAGAGAGAUCCCCUAGCAACAGCCACAAGAAAGAGUACCGUGCAGCUUUCUCUCUUUUGUGUUGCGUAUACAAAUAUACACGCAGUGCAGUCGAGUGCUUCGCAUCUAAAUAACGAGAGCGAGAAUCACCAGCCAGACGGACGAACGCCCAAUGCUUUUUCUUGCAGAUGACCGUGUUGUCGGUGAAAGACCCGUUGCGACCGAUCAAAAUGUCACAGCGAGCUGCUGGAAGCUUCGUGAUCAGCGAUUUGCGAAGGAUCAUAGAAGAUCAAGAGAGCGUCGAUUAGAUCGAUCAUACCAGCUUGCGAGUAAAACAAUUUUAAAUCUAGCUGAACUUUCAGAAUAUAAGUAAUAAUACGUAAUCACCUCGGAAAAAAAUUAAUUAGUUUGAAAAUAAAUUAGUCGACGUCUAGCGCGAAUCUUAGUGUGUACAAAGUAGUCGUUAUUACAAAAUCGCAAUAAGCCAAGUAGCAGCAGUUAUAAAAAAAACAAGAAAAAUCGUUUGUCAAAAACAAUGCCGUGCCCGAGGUCCGUUUGAGCUGCGCGCGCGGUACUACGAAAAUCAUUCAAAGUGGGUAGCAAAAAAAAGAAUCCGAAGCGGCGGUCGAGCAGGUCAUCAUCAUCGACAAUGGCCGAGAGCGCGUCAACGAGUCCUGUUGCUGCUGGCAGUCCCCAACAGCAGCAGCAGCAGCAACCACAACAGCAACAGCAGUCGUCAUCGCCCGCGACGAUCGUGGUCGCCGCGGCAUCUCCACCAGCAGCAGCAGCAGCAGCUGCAGCAGCCGCAACGCAGCAACAACAGCAGAGUCAAACGAGUCAGAGCAACAGUCAACCAUCGGACAUAAGCAGCUCGCAGCUUACCGCCUCGCCACCGAUCACCGGCACAGCCCAGAUAGAAAUAAUACCCUGCAAAGUUUGUGGUGACAAGAGUAGCGGCGUGCAUUAUGGCGUCAUUACUUGUGAGGGUUGCAAAGGUUUCUUCAGACGCUCGCAAUCAUCGGUCAUUAAUUACCAAUGCCCGCGAAACAAAAAUUGCGUCGUCGAUCGAGUCAACCGGAACAGGUGCCAAUUCUGCCGGCUACAAAAGUGCAUGCGAUUGGGAAUGUCUAGAGACGCUGUCAAAUUUGGCCGAAUGUCGAAGAAACAGCGGGAAAAAGUCGAAGACGAGGUACGAUAUCAUAGGGAAGCCCAAAUGAGAGCCCAAAACGAAACGGCCCCCGACAGCAGCGUGUACGAGCACCAAACUCCCAGCAGCUCCGACCAGCAUCACUACAACGGAGGGUAUGGCAACUACGGAAACAGUGCAUACACCUCGCCGGGUCCACCCACGAGUGGCUCGAAUUAUUACAACGCGGCGAUGGCGAAUUACGAAGUGAACACAGACUUUGUCGACAGCACGACGACUUAUGAUCCUCGGCCGGGAAUCGCCGAUGUCGGAGUCGUCGGCGAUGGUACGACCAUGACAGUGGUCAGCCCCACCAACGGAAAAGCACUGGUCGCAACGAGCACGAGCACGGUGACGGGAGGCGGCGGCGGUGGUAACGGCGUAGGAGUCAGCGGAGGCGAGGGUAACCAGGCGGCGUCGACCUCGGUGGCGGUCGCCACAGGGACCAACGGCAGGGCCAGCGGGGCCGCGAACCAGGCGACCCAGCUCAGCGGCGGCGGAAUCGUGGCGAUCAAGCAGGAGCAGCCGGCCCCCAUCGAAUUGGCCUCGAUCGGCCACGGUGCUUACGUGGUCGACUCGACGACCUUCGUUAACCAGAGGUCCGUGGCGGCGGCGAACUUAACGGCGAACGUUCCCGUCGCUGCCGCCUCGAACCAACAGGCACAGAACGAGGACGACGAAGUGCCCAAUCAAGCCCAAGUAAACGAGAUGCUGUGCAAAGCGAUAGCGGACGCCCAUACGAGAACGUGCCUCGCAUCCAGCGAACACAUACAGGAGUGCUUCCGCAAGGAGACAUCCGGGGUCGAUCUGCAGCGGGUGGUGUUUUACAAAAAUCUUCCGUGCGAGCAGCUGUGGCUCGAGUGCGCCCAAAAGCUCACGAAUGUCAUACAAGUCAUCAUCGAGUUCGCCAAAAUGGUACCAGGGUUCAUGAAACUUUCACAGGACGAUCAAAUAGUUCUUCUCAAAGCUGGAUCUUUUGAGUUGGCGGUGAUUCGCAUGAGCAGGUAUAUAGAUUUAAAUACGGGCAACGUGCUGUACGACGAAUCGAUGAUACCGCGAGAUGCCUUCUUCACAUCCGACACAGCGGAGAUGAAACUCGUCACGUGCAUCUUCGAGCUCGCCAAGAGCAUCGCCGAGUUCAAGCUCACCGAAACGGAGCUCGCUCUCUACAGCGCCGCGGUUCUUCUAAGUCACGAUCGACCAGGCUUGAAGGGGAUCUCAGAAAUUCGACGAAUAUACGAGGCGAUAGUGCGAGCGCUGAAAUCCGAGCUGUCACAGAGUCACACGACGCCGCUCAAGGGCGACGUGACGGUGUGCGACCAGCUGAUGGCGAAGCAGCCCCAGCUCCGCGACGUCUCGAUCAUGCACAUGGAGGCCCUGGCCAAAUUCAAGCGCAACGCGCCCCUCGUCGAGUUCCCGCCGCUUCACAGAGAGCUGUUCAGCGUCGAUAGCUGAAUGCAGCAGCGCAGCUCAGGCGACG